UGGGCCCUACGGUUAGGGUCCCACCUGCAUCUCUGGUUCCGGGUCUCCAAAAAUAAGGCUGAAAUGUGUCCCGGUUUCCAUCUCCUUUCUCAAAGGCAGGCAGAUCUGAAAAAAAAAUCUGUCUCCCGGCGAAAGCUGAAGCCUUUUCUCUGUGUCCUGACACUGAUAGGCUUCUUUUGCUUAUACUUUUGUGAGGAACGAUGAAUUUUCUGCUGCGGACUGCACAUUCUGCAGCUCCAGAUCAGCCAACUGUUCAAGAACUCCCUUCGGACACCCAAUUGUUACCCAAACCAGCAACUACUCUAGAGGGUCUUAUUGCUGAAGAUCCAUUUCCAAAGUCUGGUACAGAGGAAGAUGAUGAUAGAGACAUUGAUGGAGUUGGAGUUUCAAAUGGAAGUGUUGCUGCUCCAGUUUCAAAGAACUAUGUUCCGAUUGAAAACCACUCUGAUGUUACUGAAGAUGAAGGAUGGAUAACCAUUCCAUGCAAGGAGCUUCCUGAAAAUUGGAGCGAUGCCGAAGAUAUACAGUCAUUUUGCCACUUGGACCGUUCCUUCAUUUUUCCUGGUGAACAGCUUCAUAUACUAGCAUGUCUGUCAGCAUCCAAACAGGAUACAGAAGUUAUAACUCCAUUUAGGGUUGCUGCAGUGUUGAGUAAAAAUGGCAUUCUCGAACACAAUGCCAAGCAGCCAAAGGUGAUUGUGGGAAGUGAGUCCAAAUCUAUUGCAGAAAGAGGGGACUUGAAUGGCAUGCAUCAAGGUCCCGCUUGUCAAAGUGUAGAAGAUAAUGGCGAAACUUUGUUAGCUACAGAUAAAGUUGAUCCAAAGAAGGAUAUUUCUGUGAGUGAAUCUCUUCUUCGGAUGGAAGACCACAAACACCAGACAGAGUCACUAUUGCAAAGAUUUAAGAACUCACAUUUCUUUGUUAGAAUUGCGGAGUCUGGUGAGCCACUUUGGUCAAAAAGAAAUGCAGCAGAAUCAUCGUCGCUUAAUCCUGAGGUUGUGGGAGAAAAGUUUACUGCCAGUGAUGCAGGAAAGAGACAGACUUCAAGAAGGGAUUCUCAUCUUAGUGCAGUUAUUGAUAAAGGACAUUUUGAUGGCAAUGCAUCUGGUGGAAUUGCUAGAAAUACUGUCAGAUGCUGCUCUCUACGUAAUGGAGAUAUAGUGGUACUUUUACAAGUAAAUGUUGGGAUUAAUUUCAUGAAAGAUCCUGUUCUCGAGGUUCUUCAAUUUGAGAAGUACGAGUACAGUAAUAGAGCUUCUGAGAAACAUGAAAACCUAGUUGAUUCAAAUUAUGAGGAUCCAUGCGGGGAGCUUCUUAAGUGGUUGCUUCCUUUGGAUCAUACCCUGCCCCCUCCAACUCGUCCACUAUCUCCCCCUACUUUGAGUUCAAGUUUAGGUGUAGGAAGUGUAUCUCAUAGAUAUACUGCCUCUUCCUCGUCGGGUUCCCAGCUUUUCUCUUUUGGUCAUUUUAGAAGUUACUCUAUGUCUUCACUUCCUCCAAAUAAUGCACCACCCUCUGCUGUUGCUUCCUCCCCUGCUACACCCACCUUUGAACUUGAAGAUUGGGAUCGCUUCUCAUCGCAGAAACCUGUAAAGAGUCAAGAAAUAGGGAGUGAGGGGUUGCUAUCUUUUCGAGGCGUCUCACUUGAGCCAGAGAGAUUUUCUGUUCAUUGUGGGUUGGAAGGCAUCUAUAUACCUGGAAAGAGGUGGAGAAGGAAACUUGAAAUUAUCCAACCUGUAGAAAUCCAUUCUUUUGCUGCUGACUGCAACACAGAGGACCUCCUUUGUAUUCAGAUAAAGAAUGUAUCUCCUUCACAUAUGCCAGAUAUUGUGAUAUUUUUAGAUGCUAUAACCAUCGUCUUUGAGAAGGCUCCAAAAGGUGGACCACCCCUAUCUUUACCAGUUGCGUGCAUUGAAGCUGGAAAUGAUCACAGCUUGCCAAAUCUUGCCCUCAGGAGAGGCGAAGAACAUUCUUUCAUUCUAAAACCAGCAACCUCGAUGUCGAAGGAUCUUAAGGCUCAUGGUGAAAGUUCUUUGCCAACAUCUUCCCAGGUGGCAAGUGCAACAUCAAAUUUGCAUCCGAUUACAAGGAUUGGUGAAGGAAAAAAGGUUCCUACUAAUGCUGAUCAGUAUGCAGUACUAGUAUCAUGCCGCUGCAACUACACUGAAUCGAGGCUUUUCUUCAAGAAGCCUACUAGUUGGCGUCCUCGUCUACCUAGGGAUCUCAUGAUCUCUGUCGCAUCAGAUAUAUCUGAACAAACUUUUGGACCUAAUGGAGGGAUAUCUCAACUUCCAGUUCAGGUGUUAACCCUUCAGGCUUCAAAUUUAACAUCAGAAGAUUUAACCUUAACAGUUCUUGCUCCGGCAUCAUUUACUUCACCCCCUUCAGUGGUUUCAUUAAAUUCCGCUCCAUCAACCCCAGUGAGCCCGUUUCUUGGUUCCUCCGAGUUCACGGCAAGAGUGAGCGGGGAGAGACGUGUAACAGGGAUGCAGAAGCUGAGUUCAAUGCCUGUUGUACAAGAGAAUCAAAAGGAGCAGGGCAGCAAUGGGGGUAGAUCCAUUUCUCUCAAUGAGCAGAUUUUUUCCUCUGAUGUCAUUCCAAGUACUGAUUUGGGCUGUACACAUCUUUGGUUGCAGAGUACAGUUCCUCUAGGAUGUGUUCCUUCUCAAUCAACAGCUCUUGUCAAGCUUGAGUUACUGGCACUGACUGAUGGGGUAAUCACACUUGAUACUUUGCAGAUUGCUGUUAAAGAGAAAGGUCUGACAUAUAUUCCCGAACAUUCCCUAAAGAUCCAUGCAGCUUCCAGCAUUGCCACAGGGAUUGUGUAGGAUACUCCAAACACGAUUCUCAUUUCUUUUACAUUGUCUGGUUGACACGUCUCGACUUCAAUGAGGCAGCUUAUUGAGUUCUUUGAGUUUGAUGGGCCGUAUUGCCAAGGUAUGUCAUCUCUUCGUUCUUUAGCAGUGUGGAAGUAAUUAGCUUGUUGAGUUAUUUUCAUUUUGGAAGCAACUUAUGCAUCAUUCUGUAAUGUACAAGCUAUUGGGGACGGUUUCGAUGUCCCUAGUUGACAAGCAUUUCAUGUUCUAAAGCAUCAUCAACCAAUCCUUAGUCUUGCUUCCAUUCCAAAAGAUAGGAGGAACUUAGAAAUGUAUACGAUUCUGUAGGUGCAGUUCUUUUAUUCUGGAAAAAAAUGUUUGUACUGCCAAUGUAAUGCUUCUUGAGAUUAUUCUUUUAUUAGGAACCGAACAAUGCAACGGAGACCACCAUGUUUUAAAUA